UUUGAAUAGCGAGCAGUCAAGUUGUCUAUGUGGCUGUUGAGCAGUUUGCGUCCGUGCGAAAGUGACGGUCUUUGCCGAGGUUUCACUCGGUGCCGGCCCCCUGAUGUGGCAAAAUAGUGAGCCUCCGCCCCCUUUGGGUCUUCACUGGCGCAUCGUCCCCCGAGGCUGCAGAGCCAACUGAAGAGGAAAAGCUGGGAUGGUUGCCGGUGGCCUGCGGUACUUCCUGUGCUACGGCGGCGCGUGGCUCCUGCUGGCGAGCCUCCACGAAGCGCCCGGAUGCCAACGUCUCUUCCAUCGACGAGCCGGUGACACGGUGGAGCUCCCAUCGCGUUUACCCGGCGACGACAUCACCUUCGCCCGCUGGAACUACCAAGGCAGGAAAGUGGCGUCCGCGGACGACGAGGAUGGCGACGCGGAGGCGGGCCGCUUCACCGGAAGACUGCAGCUCAACCGCCGUAACUUCAGUCUGACGCUGAGUGCCGUGACUCGAGAGGACUCUGGCGUCUUCAGCUUCGUGUCGGCGGUCAACGACAGCCAGCGAGAGACCGUGUGUAUCACCCUGCGAGUUCACGAGCCCAUAAUGGCGAAACCCACGGUGACCGUCAACUCCACGUGGUGCGCCGGCAACCACUCGUGCAGCGUUAUGCUGCGCUGCAGUGCCCCCGCUGGCGGGGGGCCGGUGGAGUACAAGUGGCGCGUGGGGAACAGAAGCCUGAGCGGCGCGUCGUUCUGGAUCAGCGUGCCACCACAGGAUGCCGCCACUGAGAUCACGUGCACCGUCUUCAACGCCGUGAGCGCCAAGUCCGCCUCCGCCUCCGUGCCGUGCGCCAACAACACUUCCUUCAGCGCGUCGGCGACAGAGGCACCGAGCUUUGGAGUCGCCGUCGGCGUGGCGGCGGCAGCUCUUUGUCUGCUCAUCACGGCGGCCGCCGUCGCCGCAGCCGCCUAUCGCCGCAGGUGCCGGCAAACACGCUGGAAAUCGGAGGACACGACGGUCUACGCAGACAUUUGCGAGGUGGCGCAAGAGCGCGGGAGUGCGCACGCUGCGGACCCGUGCUCGCCGAUGCUAUACGACAAGAUCCGGCUGGACCGCAUGGCCCUGCAAGACCACGCCGCCUAGAGCGACAUCUUAUGGAGGCUGGCAGAGCGGUACCUCAAAUACACAAUUAAAAAAAAUAAAAAUAAAAGAUUUGAAUUUGAAUAUUCUACAGUGAAGCUUUCUUCACAUUUGGGCACAUCACAGCACCAAGCAUCACAAAGGGAUUUGAUCACAUAAAGCCACGUAGCAUCACUUAGCACCCAUAAUACAUACAAAAAAAAUAUAUAUAUUGUGUAUUUUUUUAUUCUUUCCCCAUUGAUAUGAAUGGAAAUGCCAUUAACCUGUUCCAGCCACCCAAAAAAAAUUGAAUGUGUUCUUUAAUGAGAAAAUUAUACUUCAUAAAAACAUACAGUAAUAACAUAAUUCAAUAGAAUGAAUUUUUUUUUUUUUUGUCACACUUUCUCAUUCAAUUGUGAUGCACAUUCCGUGUGGACCUUGGCCACCUGAGGGCAGUAUCUGUACUGGACACUAAGCUCCUCUCUGAGCUUCUCAGUACAGCAUUGAAACUAUGGAAGGAUGUCAUUUAUCUGUGAUAAACUUGAUGCAAUUUUAUGAGCAUGUUAUUCAAAUAAUAAAUAUGACAAUGAAAAAAGUCCAUGUGAUAAUUCUUGUAAUUAUAUUCGCAAAGUUUU